UCAUUUCACCAUUUAAAAUACAGACACAAUUUAGAUUGAAUAAACAUUUUUUUCUAUUUGUAAAAACACAAAAAGGAAGCAUUUUCUAUGUGCUCUGGGCAACCUUAUGAUUACACUAUUAUAGAAAAAGAAAAAGAAAAACACGUUAACCCUGGAAUAAAACAACAUGCAUUCUGAGUGAUCACAGACCAUUUGAAACACAGAUUAUGGAACCUGUCCUCAUUUUGUGAAAACCCAAAUUUGGGAUUCCUGUUCUCCCAAAAGUAAAGUUAGAAUCUUGUCUCUUUGGUUCUUGUGAACCCAGUAUUGCCUGUUAUGAUGGAUAUAUUGUUACAUUCCUACUAAACGAGGAUAGUGAUCUGCUGCGGGUAAGAAAACAAUUUAAAAUCCCUUCAAGAAUCAUAAACUAUCUCGUUAAAUUAAAUUCAAUAAAUAAAAUUGCAGAUUUUCUCUGCUUCAGGGGAAGAAAACACAAAGAGGGAAGUUUUCGGUGGAAUUGGUACAGAAUGCUUGUGAUGCUGUGGACCCUCCUAUGGGGGCCAAAGAGUAAAUCAGUUUAAACUAAACCACGCCCCCAUGUUUUAUUCUGGGGAAUUUAUCAGUGCCUACACACUGAAAGCUCUGCAAUCCAGACUCAACAAGAGAGCAGAGAAGAAGUACUGGACAGGCUCCCCAUGCCCACAAACGCAGCAUCCGAACUGUUUCUUCACUCCUGUUGACAUUAAACCCUGCAGCUUUGACAGGAUGGAUUUCUUGGACAUGCGCUCUCCUUAUGACUACACGUUUAAUUUCUGGAACGAUUAUCUUGGUCUAUCCACUCUUGUCGCUAAAAACAAGAUCACAAGCCCGUCCUGCAACCCAAACUCCAUCACAGAGUCUCUGAAAGCGACCCUGGGUUUGGAGGACGACUCUCCGGUUUGCUCCUGCCUGGUCGGGCAGGGCAGAGACGCGGACGGACCCCUGGACAGUUGCUGCUGCUGCGGGGCGGCCCCGGGCUCCCCGCCGAUCUCCAUCUACGACCUAAAAGAGCGCAUCUCUCUCCUCAGACCGUACGAGCAGCUGGGGGGCAGAGAGUCCCCCUCCCACGGAGGGAGCUUCACCGCCUUCGAUCUGUUCUCCGCGGAGCGAAGGCGCAAGCAGAUUCAGAGGGGCAAACCGGAGCCGAAGGUGUGCGUCUUCUGUCGGAAUAACGGCGCCCCGGAGGAGGUCUACGGCACCCACAUCCUGAAGACGGUGGACGGGAGAGUCCUGUGCCCGAUUCUCCGGGCGUACACCUGCCCCCUCUGCAGCGCCAACGGCGACAACGCGCACACCAUUAAGUACUGCCCGCUUUCCAAGGACCAGGCGAGCCAGAGGGUUCCCAAGGGGGGCAGAGCGUUUGGCAAAAGACUGAAGAUCUUCUGAACGACAGCAGAAAUAAAGCCGAAGUUGCACUGUUUAAAAUUACGAAUGAGAGGGAGGACGACUUGAACAAAACACAAUUCCUAUUUGUUUUCUAUGUGUCACAGCUUUGUUUGUAAACGCUUUGGUCUAUAUUGUAACCGUAUGAGCACAUAGUUUAAACUCGGACGCAUUGUGCGCCAUAGUCGCCCCUUGCACUCUAAAGAUAGGAACCAAAGUACAGCUCGACCUGUGAAUGACCACUUCCAUGCUGCCAUGUGAAGUUUAAACAGACAGUCCUGUGCAUGCAGCCAGCUCAUGACAUGCCAACGUAAGUGAAUAUGCAGCUCUCUUUAUACUAGGUGAAUGUCUGUUGUCCACUGGUCUGUGAGUGUAAAAAGUCCAAGAGGCCAAGAUGCAACACUUUCUUACAUUCAGCACAUAUUUUCCUGAGAUAAAGGUUUUCUACCAAAGGAGUACACUUUUAUACUGAAACGUAUACCACAAGGUGAUUUUUUCUGGACUGUUUCUAUGUUGGAUGUCUUAUAUUCUGUGAGUUGCAGUGAUUACAAAUUUCAGCUAAUUGUACAAUAGAGGAAAAUGAACCUGACAUGCAAUUCUGCCUAAACUAGUUCCCUUUUGUCCAAAAAAAAAAAAAAAAAAAAAACGCUUGUUUUUUUAAAUGUGGAUUCUUGUAAAUGUAUAAAUACUUUUAGAAAUGAAAAUCCUGACAUUCCAAAGUCUUUAAAUGUGAAAACGUUUUAUGUACUUAUUUUGACCUUACGUGCCACUGGGGAAUAUAUUCACUGUUAAAAACUUCUGAAUAAACAUGUGAUUUGCAGAUAA